AUGAAUUCUGUAUUGAGGAAAGCAAGGGAGUUGCCAAUAAUGGCAUGUAUUGAUUACAUCCAAAACAAGCUGCAAAAUUGGUUUUACCAGAGAAGAUUGGAUGCAACAGGACCGUCCCAUGACCUGACAUGUUGGGCUGAAAAGAUUUUGCCUAAAAAGAUAAGUAGAGGCUUCACAAUGAAAGUAGAAAACAUAACUCCCGUCAAAUUUGUUGUGAAAGAUGAAGGAUAUCAAUACAAUGUAGACCUAAAGAAUAUGACUUGUGAGUGCUUGGAGUUCCAAACUAACGAGUUACCGUGCACACAUGCCAUGGCAGUUAUAGACAAAAGAAGUUUGCCAAAAUCUACAUACUGUACGGACUGGUUCAAGAAACAAGCCUGGCAAGAGACAUACAAAGGUGAAAUACUAUCAGUUGGAAAUGAAGACUCAUGGAUUAUUCCACAAAACAUUAUGGAUAUUAAAAUAACGCCGCCUGAUGUUAAAAUAAGACCUGGAAGAAAACAAACAAAAAGAUAUCGUCCAAGAAGAGAAUCGACAAAGUACACAUACAAAUGUGGUAGAUGCAAGUUCUUUGGACACACUAGGGCAACCUGUAACCACAGUCCAGCUCUCAAUCCAUAUUCAAGAAGAUACAGGAAGAGGAAAUUGUCAUCAUAA